AGUAUGAAAGACACUCCUUAUUACUAUGCUAUCUUUAUCGAACGUUAUGUUUUUCUACUUCUUGAUCCUCAAAGAUCUGGGAAAGUGUCGAUUGAAGAUUUAACUGCUACAAGACUUCUUGAUGAUCUUUUUGACGUACUCUAUGAGCAAACUCAGGACAACCCAGAUCAGUCAUGGGAUGUAUCGCAACUGUCAUGGUGCUCUGUGAACAACUUCUGGCGAGUUCUUGAACAAUUUCGGCGUUGCGACAGGGACUGGUCCGGAAUGGUCUCUUUGGAGGAGUGUCGCUACCUAAAAGAGUAUGUACAGUUUUCUAAUGAUCAUCACGUCAAAUACUACGCUGUUUGCAGAGAAAAAUGGCUGCAGUUGUGUUAUAGAAUGAAUAAGAAUUGCGUCGUCUACGCUGUAUAUUAG